GGUCAAAUGACGUAGUCGGAUUUUCGAUUUCGAGCGGGUCAAGUUGUUGCAAAACCGAUCAAAAGUCCGAGAUACGGUGCAGCGGUAGUUUGAUUGAUGCGAUAUGGCCUUUCAAACGGAAAAUAAUCUCCCACCGUGUGUGGUGGCUUUAAAAAACGUUGACGCCCUAUUGCGAUGUCCUAUUUGUUUUGAUUUUCUCAGCACUUCAAUGAUGACCAAAUGCUCUCACAAUUUUUGCUCCUUGUGCAUCCGUAAAUUCUUUUCUUAUAAGCUUCACUGUCCAGUUUGCAAUACGCAAGCAACGGAACAAGAUCUACGAAACAACCGUUUACUGGAUGAAUUGGUUGUAAACUUUCAAGCUGCAAGACAGCAAUUGUCACAAAGUUAUUUUGACUCUGCACCAAUAUCCCGGAAGUACCCCGCAUCAGUCAAAUGCAAAUCACCCACGGACAAAGGCCAGAAGUCCAACAGUUCUGUUGUGAGUCACUUUUUCCAGAAGAGACCCAGAAAGACUCCUGUCAAAGUUGUCCAGACUGGACGGACGGGCUGUGCGGACGACGCCGACCUUUGCUCAACCAAUGUAAAGGAAGAACCCGUUGAUGUGAAGGAAGGCGCACAGCAGGAGGACACAAAAUUGUACGACAACAACACAAAGGAAGAGAUAGCGCAUUCAUCCUCAUCACCACCAACAGAUGUGAAGCCCGUAAUGAAAGUGGAGUGCCCUGUGUGCUCUGUAAGUGUGUCCCAGCCGUUCAUCAACAAACAUCUGGACAUGUGUCUCGGAAGCGGAGAGAAGAAGGAAAGCUUAAGGAACUCGCUUGGCAAGACGAAGCGCCCGAUGGCAAAGCUGGUGUACAACCUGCUUAGCAUGCAAGAGUUGAAGCGGAGGCUCAAGGAAUGCCACCAAUCCGUCAAAGGCUCCCGAGAUCAGCUGAUCAAAAGGCACAAGGAGUUUGUGCAGAUUUACAAUGCGCAGUGUGACUCGCUCAACCCUAAAUCAGUUGAAGAAAUAGUUAAAGAGGUGGAAGCCACGGAGAGAAUCAAAGAGCAGCUACGUGAUAAGGCCAAACCUAUUAUGGUUAUCUCAAAGAAACACUCUGAGGAGGAAAUUGAGGAAGUUCACUCAACAUAUAGGAAGCAGCACAGCAGAGACUUCUCUCAGCUCGUUGCUCAGGUUCGUGGUCGCCUGGAUACAACCAGGCAGACUCGGAUAAAGGAGGCGGCGGGAGGCGAGGAUGGGGAGCAAUCCCCUUCGGCAGCUGAAGCUGCAAAAUCAAGGGAUUCCUUGGAUAUCAAAAAUGAGGAGAAAGAGGAAGAAAUGGAGCUUUUUCCCAGAGACAUUUUUCUUUCAAACAGCUCCACAUACAGUGAUGUGUCAGUGAGCAGUUCACUUUCAGACAUCUGUGCACCAGAACCUUCCAUAAACGACUUCCACUCGCCACGUGGACUUGUGACCCAAAUUCCAGUGCUGGAAUGCUAUUUUUCCUGUCAAUAAAGUCAGGGUAGAGACAUGGGACACCUUGUCAUAGGCUGUGAGCUGAUCUCAAUCUUUACCCCUCCAUUGUGAGCUUUAAGAGGUUCCACAUGUGGCCUUUGCAACUCAUUGGCGGUUGUCUCACAGACGUGUUACCUGGGCGACUUGCUCCCGAUGUGUUGUCAGGCGGUCCGCUAAUGCUGCUGGAAACUUUGACCAUGAAAAUUGUUUUACCUUAUAUCGGCAAAUACUUUAGUGGCAUCCACUGUGUCUCAAUUAAUUGCAUUAUCCGCAAACAAUUAGACUCCUCCCCCUUUUUUGUGGCACGGUUCAGUACACCAUACCAUGAUUUUGUUGAUUGUUUUUCCCCCACCGUUGGAUAUUUUCCCGUAAGCACAAACGUCUUGAAAUCCUUAUUGAGAGGUUUAGAAAGGUGUUUUGAAUUUCUCCAAUACUCCAGUAUGUCCUAUUUUUGAUCAGCACGAUGACAUGAGUCCAAUUGAGUUGAAUUGACCUCAUUUAAGAAAAAAAAAAUAAUCAAGAUGACAUUUCACCACAUGCGUGAAAAAAAAUAAUCGAGAAAUUAUUUCUGUAGGUCAAAUUUGUAAUUUUCCCUCCCUGUCGCCGAAAGGAUGGGAAUUAUUGGAAGACAUAUGUGUGUGAAGGAAUCAGUAAUCGUCAUUCACUUAGCUGGCAUACAUUUCUUAUCUCUGCAGGGCGGUUUUAAACCACACGAGGAACCAGUUCAAUUGUAAUGAAUUUGCUGUUGACGAAAUUGGAUGGCUGUUAGUAGAGAUAGAUGGCAAUAAUUUUCGGUCGCCCCAACAGCAUUUUAAUCAAGCACAGAUUCACUUGGAUUGAAUAGGUGCAGAGUUUCUGCUUAAUUUAAGCCGUUUCAUGUCAGUGGGUUUGUAAAGUCUCGGUUAAUUAAUAGUCGACUACAUUUAUCGCUAAUCUUAUUUAAUCUUUCUAUUCAAAGAAAUAUAAGCUUAUAGAUUUGAACCAUAGAAAUGAUAAAGAAUGGGUGAUCACUUUGCUGUCAUUGGAGUUUCAUCUCAUAUCUUGUCAGCGUUAUCAAGCGGCAGAACAGAAGUUUUGUUGAAAGUUUUUUUUUUCCCAUUGUCACAAUUACUGCUGUAAUAAACAUUUUUAAAUAGUACUGCAUAAAAACAGCAAUAAGAAUUAAAUAGGCUGUAGAGAAUUAAACAGAUUGUGCAUCAUGAUUAAUUCAUUGCGGGUCUUUCUAUUGUGAGCAACUUAGCCACUGGGCGUCAGCAUAUUAUAGUUCUAAACUUACUUUGCAUAACUAUUGUGAGUGACUUGGUGAGCUCGCUCUAUUUUUUUUCAUGCAGAGAACAAAUAUGUUAUAUUGUUUGUUUGCAUGUGUUGCUCCACCUUUUGUGUUAAAAUAGCUGUUGCUAUUUGGUAGCUUUUCCCUUCAUGUGUUGCCGUUAGACUUUAAGUCAGUGUUUUAAAUUAUGUUUAGUUGGACCGUAAACAUCCACUGUAAUGCUUAUUAUAUACACCGGCCUGUUAUAUUGCACAUAACGUAGUGAAUGCCAACGUUUAAAUGUUUAUUGCAGAGUUGUGUAAUUAAAGGCUCUUUUUUGUUUACCUCAAAACAGUUAAGCUGCUCGGGGUAGCUUAUGGUCCAAUAAAACUGUCGUCUUCAGGAUAUGUCUUUUAGAAGAGAUGUUGCAUAUUUCCCAAUACCCUAUUUGAAAUUGACCAAAUGU